CGAACGACUCUGAUCCCGCACGCGCUCUGCACUCAUCAGCAGGAAAGGACGCGCACGGGACGAAGAGUGCCCUUUAUAAAUCACCAUCUUCAUCACUGAUCUCUGGAUUAAGCGCACUGCACGAACUCUUGGAUUUACAGGAUGAGCCGUCUGCUGGACAAAGCUUCUCAUGUGGUGUGACAGUGGAAUGAGUGAUGCCGGGUUGCUGGUGAGGAAUGACUGUCUGUUUGAUCCUGGCCCUGUUCACACUGACCACACACACUGAGGUGUCCUCUGGAAAGUCUUUGCACGAGCAAUGGAGGAGCUACACGAAUGAAUGCAUUCAGAGCUUUAUCACUUCUCCACCAGCCUCAGGGUUGGUCUGUAACAGAACAUUUGAUCAAUAUGUGUGCUGGCCCGAUGGCUCUCCAGGCACUACUGUUAAUGUUUCUUGCCCGUGGUAUUUACCCUGGUAUCAUAAAGUUCGGCAGGGUCUGGUGUAUCGCUUGUGUGGUGCUGAUGGCAGAUGGACUCACAGUAAAAACACAAGCGAGUGUGAACAAGAUGAUCCGGGACAGAGGCAGUACGGUCAGAUUCUCAGUAAAUUCAGAGCCAUGUACACCGUGGGAUACUCACUGUCUCUGGGAGCGCUAAUUCUUGCCCUCGGCAUUCUGGUGACCUUUCGAAAGUUGCAUUGCAUGAGGAACAACAUCCACAUGAAUCUGUUUGGCUCCUUCAUCCUGCGGGCUCUCUCCAUUCUCACCAAAGACGCCCUGCUGGAUCAAAUGAACAGCGCUCAAAGCGGACCACAUCAUUAUCAGGGCCAGCGUUGGGUCGACAUGCAGGUCACAUGCAGACUUGUAUCUCUUGUAUGUGUUUCUCAGACCGUCACUGGGUGUCGUGUUGCCGUGGUGAUGAUGCAGUACAGCGUCAUUGCAAAUAACUAUUGGCUGCUGGUGGAGGGCUUGUAUCUACACAGUCUCCUGGUCAUCGCCGUUUUCUCCGAGAAGAAUUACUUCUAUAUAUAUCUGUGCAUCGGCUGGGGUGCGCCUCUUUUUUUCGUGUUACCGUGGGUCGCAGUCAAAUACCUGUAUGAGAAUCAAGAAUGCUGGGAGAGAAAUAUUAACAUGGGUUAUUGGUGGAUAAUCCGCUCUCCGAUUCUGUUUGCAUAUCUGAUUAACUUCUUCAUAUUCAUUCGUAUAAUAAAGAUUCUGAUGUCCAAGCUGAAGGCCCAUCAGAUGAGAUACACUGACUAUAAAUUCAGGUUGGCGAAGUCCACUCUCACCCUCAUCCCGCUGCUGGGAAUUCACGCCAUCCUCUUCACCUUCGUCAUCGAUGAGUCCGUGCCAAAGGAAUCUCUUCUGAGGCUCAUCCGCCUCUUCUACGACCUCCUCUUCAGCUCCUUCCAGGGUCUUCUCGUGGCCAUCCUGUACUGCUUUGUCAACAAAGAGGUUCAGAGUGAGAUGUUGAAAAAGUGGAAGAGGUGGAAACUCGGGCACGACAUUGAGGAAGAAUACCGUCACACCCACAGCCAGACGCACCAAGCCAAAAGUGGCAGUAUCGCUCUGGCCAUGGCAAAUGAAUGUCCUGACACCCCAGAACAGGCGAAUUCAGCUCUGCCCUCUGCAGAGUCCCAGCGUCUGGUGGCCGCCCUUCAGAACGGGGCGAGCCAGAGCCGGGUCAGGCUGCAGUUGUCCUCCGGGCCAGAGGAGGGCGGUAGUAACUGCAGCUCUCUGACGGAAGAUGUUUGUAUGGAAGAGCGCCCGCUUAAAGAAUUGAUAACGGAAACCAGGGUCUGAAGGAUCUCCACAUGUUGAUGAAAUGAUAUCUUCACUGAGGUUCAGAGUUAGCGGCUUUUUCAACACUAGUAUGAUGAAUUCAUGAGAUGAAAUUACGUUCAAGAUGUUGCAAUUUCCACCCCAAUCAUCAUGGCAACAUAGGGAACAACCGUGAAUUGUAUAUCUAGUAAGCUUUAAAGUUAAACUUCAUUCACCAUAACUGGUAAUUACUAGGGGUGUAACAAUACAUUGAUACGGAUCAAUGCAUCGAUUACAUUUUUUUUUUUACAAUACGAUGCAUCAAUGUCACACAUAAAAUAUUGAUAUAAGGUACCUUUAUUUUGAAACUCCUCGCAUCCUCAUUUCUUGAUGUAACGUCUAUCUACGCAUUUCUUUCCAAUCUCGCAUUUUUGUUUAUUUUCGUGUGCUAGUGGCAUCAAAGUGGUCGUAUCCGCAAAAACACAGCAAAAGAGACAGAAGACGUUGUGACUGCUAUCGGACGCAAAUCGUGGGUUUGGAAAUAUUUUGUAUUUGCAAAAUGGAUUGGACAAACAGAAAACCGUUGCCAGCACCAACUAAAAACUAAAGACAUUUACUGUUGCCAUCAUAAGCUUGAUUUUAUGUGACAUUUUUCCCUUAUUAUUUAUUUUUAGCUAUUAAAAAAAGUGUAUUUUUGUUUAGUUUGUUGUUGUUGUACAGUAAAUGUCCCAAUUGGGACAGAGAUUGUGCCUUUUUUAAAGAAUUUAAUUAAACAUUCAUGUUAUAUAUUUUGGUUGCAUUUAUGAGUUAUUAAAAAUGUAACUGCUUAACGAGGCACAUAAUAUUAAAGUAUCUAUAAAUUAAAUCGUAAUUGCUACAAAAUAUUUGUUGUUUUGGUAAAUAUUGCAUCGCUGGCGGAGAUGACCGAUAUGUUAUCGUAUCGCAAUGAAAUGUCUGAUUGACACCCCUAGUAAUUACCCACCAAAAAUAGCAUUAUUGGUGGCUGUUACUGCUAUAAAAGCUUGCGAAAUUGAUGCUUAAAACCAGUAACCAUGUUAAAGCUCCCCAGGUGGCAUGCAACCAUUGAAACAAUGUUAAAAAUCAUGAUUUGUCAAUGUUAAUACCAUUGAAUCAAUAUCACAUUUGCACCCUCCAUAAAAAUAGAAAAAAUACUGAAAUUUCAACAAAUCACCAUUAUCGUGAUCAGUGUUUGCUUUAGUUGGGCCCUUUACUCUUGUGUUUUAAUGGUAAGUUUUCUUUGGCUGCUGAAGCUGUGUUUUAAAAUACAUCUGCUAUUGCAAAGAAAACAAAGAUGUAAUGUUAUCAAGUAGUUUAAUUCUUGUAGAUAUGCCUAAAUGAUAUUAAUGAAAUAUUGUCAAAGUUAUGCAAAAAAUUAUUUUUACAGUACUAGUUGGAAACAGUGUCAGGUCUGUUAUUUUGAGGAUUACAAAAACACAUUUAAAAAGUUAAACUACUGAAUCUAUCUCUGACAUCAUGAAUCGGUCUAUGAAUCUCAUCAAUGAUGACGAUCAACAAAAGAAAACUUCAUGCUGCAAUGCAUGCUGGGUAUCAUCGUAGUACUAAACUAAUUUAUAAUUCCCAGCAUGCAUUGCAGUUGAUCGUUUUAUAUGAAUUUGUUUGAUGAUUGUCACCAUUGUUGAGAUUUGUAGGAUGAGUAAUGAUGUCUGAAUGUGUCAGCAAUUUUUCUGUUUGUCUUUUCACAGCGUAUUUACAAACCAAAACAAUUAUAAAUGUCAAAAAUGGAUCAACAUAAACUUGUAAAGCAGCUUAAUUUUAUAUAAUCUUGACUUCUUCACAGAAAGCAACCAGUUUCAACAUAACUUUGAAACACAUCUUUCUUUUACAAUGCACAUGUGUUUCUACAUAAACACAUACAAACACAAAAAAAAAGAAAAGAAAGAUUUAACUUAGUGAAUAACAAGAGUCAAGGACACAACUAAACACUGAUCACAAUAAUUGUGAUUUGUUGAAAUCUCAAUAUUUUUUCAAUAUUAAUGGAGGGUGCAAACCUGAUUUUUAUUCAAAGCAGUUAACAUUGACAAAUAAAUUGUUUUUAACAUUGUUUCAAUGGUUUGCAUGCUAUCUGGGUCCUCGUCACCCAUACUGUAUCUUUCCAACAGAAUAUUUUAGAGAUGCUGGGUUGUAGAGUAAAUGGCACUAGGGUUGGGGUUAGGUUAGAGCUUCUCGGCUAUUUACCCACCUUGCAGUAAAAUCCGCUUUCAUCAAGUUGCUCACCAAAACCUCUCAUGCUCAAAUAAAGCAGAAGGGAAUAAACUUUGAGCCAUGUGACAGAACAUCCAUAAUUCAGAUCCACUUCCACAGAACAUUUGACCUCACGCGCAGUCAGAUCUUCAGACGAGAGACCAGCUUACAGUGCUGUCAGUCAACGAUCAUCGGAUGCUCGUGAUAAAUACGACUGUGAUUCAAGUUUCAUAUGAGAUAUUAGACUGUAUUAUGGACAGACAUUUUUAUACAUGAGUAAACUCUGGAAGACAUUUGUAAAGCAUACAGUAUACAGUAACAGUAUGCCAUUCAACACACAAAGAUCCCCUUAAAUAACUCAACUGAGAUUGUUCAGGAAUGUUUCCUUAUGGUUCCCUCGUGAGCCAGGAAGGCUCGUGGGAUUAUGGAAAACCUCAGACAGCAUUCAGAGUGACUGUAAGAAUUAUUACUUAUGGAAAAUUACAUGCCUAAUCUUUCCAUGUUUAGAUGAAACGGGUUUGUUUACUUUAAAUCCGAUUACAUUCCUGUUAAUGAUGCAUUAUGGACAGUAUUAAAAAUGUUGCCAACCAUUUUUAAAUGUAAAGCUUGAGUUGUUGAAAUGAAAAAGAAAAGUUUGGCAGGUUUGAUGUUGUUCAGCUUGUGUAACAGCGUACUAAAGUGUGUCUGUAAUAUAUUAUGGAGUUUGCUAUGUUUGGAGUCCUGCUUCAUUUAAAUGUACAUUUGUUCAUAAUGAAAGAGUUUAUAUGGCCCACUGUAUGUGUAUAUCGCUAUUGCCUGUGAGAAGAUGAACAGAAGGAGUUAAAGAAGAAACAUAAAGAAAGAUUGUACAAAUUAAACUCCCUGCCUUGGGCUGUACAGUAAA